UUUCGUCAUUGCUUUCACCCCACUGGACGCCUACUAUUCUUGCUCUCUGCUCAACCGCUCCCUCCGGCCCCUUUUCAGAUCUGCCAACUGGAAAGCCCAAGUCCUGCCCGGGACCCCAAAAUUCCUGAGAAGAUGGUUCGGAUCCUGGCUAAUGGGGAUAUCGUGCAGGAUGAUGACCCUCGGGUUGAGGGCCCACCCCCCAGGCACGCACCAGUUCCCCUGGGCAGCUUCCUCCACCGGGGCCCUGGCACACCCCUGGGGGGCUCUGGUCCCCGCCAACAGCAACAGCAACAGCAACAGCAGCAGGCAGCUGCCAGGCCGGGGGCCGCCCAGUCGCCCUUCUACGACCUCAACCGGCUAGCUGGUGAACCUGGGCUUCCGCAGUGGCACUUGGGCAAUCACGCUGUGGAGCCCGUCACGUCCAUCCUGGUCCUCUUCCUGCUCGUGAUGCUGGGGGUCCGGGGACUCCUGUUGGUGGGCCUUGUGUACCUGCUCUCCCACCUGAGUCAGCGGUGACCCCGGAUGGACCUCGGGGUCUGGUGUCCUGUGGGCUUGAGGGCCAGGGGCUGGAGAUGCCAGGAAGGAGUCUCUAUGCCCGUCAUGUUUGUGUGUGUGUGUGUGGCAGACACGUGGCAGAUUCCCAGGGCUCCAGAGCUGCCUUCAUCGGGCCUUUUCUGGGCUCGACAUCUGCUCCAGCAAGGACCCCCUCUUUCCAGUUCUCUCCUUUUUCUGAUGCCAAGAAAGCCACGGUGUGGUGCCAGUACGCUUCAACACCCCGCCCCAGCCUGAGCUGAACCCCUUGUUUCUGGGGAGUGGUUCAGGGCCAGUGGGAUGGUCCCCAGACUUCUAUAGUACUCUUUAGUUUUCAGGGUAUUUUUUAUCAGCGACUUUUAAUUUAUGAUGCCCAGAUCUGGCUUCUAUCCGUCGUGGUGGUGUUUCCAAUAAAUUGGAAUCAAAGAAAA